AUGUCACUGGAUGAAACUUGGAAAUUUUCACAAUGUUUUGGAGAUAAAGGAGAUAUAGAUAAUAUAACAGAAGCAGAUAUCAUAUCAACUGUAGAAUUUGAUAGUACAGGGGAUUUUUUAGCUACUGGAGAUAAAGGAGGUAGAGUUGUAUUAUUUGAGAGAAAUCAAUCAAAAGAUAAAAAACAAAAUUGUGAAUAUAAAUUUUAUACCGAGUUUCAAAGUCAUGAUGCAGAAUUUGAUUAUUUAAAAUCAUUAGAAAUUGAAGAAACAAUUAAUAAAAUAAAAUGGUUAAAACUGGGUACUGAUUCAUUAUAUUUAUUAUCAACUAAUGACAAAACAAUAAAAUUAUGGAAAAUUCAAGAAAGAACUAUUAAACUAGUAAGUGAAAAUAAUCUUAAUGGAAUGAGUCACUAUUCAAAAGAUGGUGGGAUAUCUUCAUUGAAAUUACCACAACUACAAUUACAUGAUAAAUUAGUAUCAGCUCAACCUAAAAAAAUUUAUUCAAAUGCACAUGCUUAUCAUAUAAAUUCAAUAUCAGUAAAUUCAGAUCAAGAAACUUAUUUAAGUGCUGAUGAUUUAAGAAUAAAUUUAUGGAAUUUAGGAAUAUCUGAUCAAUCAUUUAAUAUAGUUGAUAUUAAACCAACAAAUAUGGAAGAAUUAACUGAAGUAAUAACAAGUGCAAAAUUCCAUCCUUUACAAUGUAAUUUAUUCAUGUAUAGUUCUUCAAAGGGAACAAUAAAAUUAUCAGAUAUGAGAUCAAAUUCUUUAUGUGAUACACAUUCUAAAAUAUUUGAAGAAUAUUUAGAUCCAUCAUCACAUAAUUUUUUUACGGAAAUCACAAGUUCAAUGUCAGAUGUUGAAUUUAGUCAUGAUGGUAGAUAUAUUGCAAGUAGAGAUUUUAUGACUGUUAAAAUUUGGGAUUUAGCAAUGGAAAAUAAACCUUUGAAAACAAUAAAUGUUCAUGAACAUUUAAGAGAAAGAUUAUGUGAUACAUAUGAAAAUGAUGCAAUUUUUGAUAAAUUUGAAGUACAAUUUAGUGGUGAUAAUAAAUCUAUAAUGACUGGUUCAUAUAAUAAUAAUUUUAUGAUUUACCCUAAUGUUAUUGGUACUGGAGGUGAUGCCAAACCAAAGACAAUUAAAAAACAUACAAAAAGAAAUAAUGAUUCAGAUACAGAAGAUUUGGAUCCUGCACCAAAUAAAAAUUCACCAAAUUCACAAUUAAAUGAUGAUGAUGACGAUGAUGAUGAUGAAGAAGAAGAAGAACCACAUCCAGAAGAUGAAGAAACAGAACAAGAAGAAAUUAUAUUACAAGCAGAUAAAUCUGCAUUCAAAUCCAAAAAAUCAGGUCAACAUCCAACAAGACGUAGAAUGAUGUCAGGUGUAGGAUCAAGUUUAACAUCAAAUAAUGGUUUAAAUUCAAAUGGUAAUAGAGAUUUUGAUGAAAUUGAUUUUAAAAAAAAUAUUUUACAUUUAUCAUGGCAUCCAAAAGAAAAUUCAGUUGCAAUUGCUGCUACUAAUAAUCUUUAUAUUUUUUCAACUUUAUGA